GGAAGUAGACGGAAACAAGGCAGGCCGGACGGACUGUCACAGCUGCUGGGGAGCAAAACACUGCGGAAAGACCCGAGUCUGGCGUUUGUUGUUUAAUUCCGAAGUCCGCAUGGUGCGGGAGUAGACGACACGUCAACAUGCCGCGCACAUGGGAGCAUCUCUGCACGAUGCUGAAGCUACGGGCGUCACUUUGCGCCGCUCUUCUCGCCCUCCUUGUCUCCGCCGGCGACGCGCGGCUCCACCGGACGCGACGCGCCGACGACACGGUAGAGACUUACGACAGAUACUACGACUACGCGAACCUAACGGCACGUCUGCAGUCCCUGGCCCAGGCGUACCCCCACAUAGCCGACCUGUCGAGCGUCGGGGAGUCCGCGGAGGGCAGGCAGCUCUGGGUGAUGCGGAUCACCAGGGAGCCGCGCGCGGACUCGCCGGGCAAACCCAGAUUCAAGUACGUCGGCAACAUGCACGGCGACGAGACCGUGUCGCGGCAGGUGCUGGUGUACCUCGUGGAGCACCUGCUGACCAGGUACGCAGAGGAGCCGCGCGUCGCCGAGCUGGUCAACACCACGGACAUCUACGUCAUGCCCAGCAUGAACCCGGACGGCUUCGAGAGGUCCCGGGAGGGCGACUGCGGUGGCGACAACGGCGGCCGGAACAACGCCAAGAACAUCGACCUGAACAGAAGCUUCCCUGACCAGUUCGACGAGGCCGCCGUCCCGCCGGAGCAGAUUCCCGAGGUGCAGGCUGUGAUGCGAUGGAUCCUGGAGAAAAAAUUUGUGCUGUCGGCAAACCUGCACGGUGGAACUGUGGUGGCCAGUUACCCCUUUGAUGACUCCGCCGUCCACAAGCAACAGGGCCACUACAGCCAGUCCCAGGAGGACGGUCUAUUUCGCUACUUGGCCUUGGUGUACUCCCAGAACCACCCUGUGAUGAAGACUGGUUUGCCCAACUGUCCCGAUUCCCCGGAAGAAACGUUUAAAGACGGCAUCACCAAUGGUGCACAGUGGUAUGAUGUGCCUGGAGGGAUGCAGGACUACAACUACCUCCAUGGAAACUGUCUGGAGAUCACCGUUGAGCUGAGCUGCUGCAAAUAUCCACCUGCUACUGAGCUCCACAAGGAAUGGGACAUGAAUAGGGAAUCUCUACUAGCCUACAUGGAAAAGGUACAUAUGGGUGUUCGUGGAUAUGUGAAAGAGGCCUUCACUGGUGCUGCCCUCGCCAAUGUCAGCAUUCUGGUGGCAGACAUCCACCACAACCUCACCACUGGAAACCAUGGGGACUAUUACCGGCUUCUGCUCCCAGGAACAUACAACAUCACAGCCGUGGCCCCAGGCUACAUUCCAAUGACAGUCCACAGUGUCCAGGUCAUGGAGGUCAAAGCCACAGAACUUAACUUUACCUUGGCACCUGUGGUCAGUGAGGCUGCAGGUAGCAGCACCGUGCCUACGUCCUCCACACCAUCCAGCCAAAAUCCAAACUUCUCCACCACUACCACCAACGCUUCUAACACCAUCCAGAUGCAGAUGGCUACAUCUGAGGGAAACAGAAACAGCCCUCCUACUCUUCUUCCUGGAAACCAGCCAAUCCAGCCCCAGGUUUUUCGUCACCACAACUAUGCAGACAUGGAGCUCUUCCUACGCAAGUACAGGAGCGAGUUCCCCUCUAUCGCCCAUCUUCACUCUGUUGGCCGCUCAGUGGAAGAACGUGAGCUGUAUGUGAUGGUCAUCUCAGACAACCCCACUGUUCAUGAGCAUGGCGAGCCAGAGUUUAAGUAUGUGGCCAACAUGCAUGGUAAUGAAGUGGUGGGCCGAGAGCUGUUGCUCAACCUCAUUGAGUACCUGUGCCGUAACUAUGGUACUGACGCGGAUGUCACUCAGUUGGUCAACAACACCCGCAUUCACAUCAUGCCUUCGAUGAACCCUGAUGGCUAUGAGGUAGCCACUGAAGGUGAUGUGAAGGGCUACAAAGGGCGCAACAACAGCAACAACAUUGACCUGAAUCGCAACUUCCCAGACCAGUUUGUCACUAUCGCAGGGCCCAGACAGCCUGAGACUAUAGCUGUGAUGAACUGGGUGAAGAGCAUCCCCUUCGUCCUGUCAGCCAACCUCCAUGGAGGUUCCUUGGUGGUGAACUACCCGUAUGAUGAUGACAAAAAAGGGAUAUCUCAGUACAGCCCGUCUCCUGAUGACAAGGUCUUUCAGCAGGUGUCCAGGGCGUAUUCACAGGAGAAUCCUCUGAUGCACAAUGGACACCCUUGUGUGGACUUGUAUAAUGAAUAUUUUGAGGAUGGCAUCACCAAUGGUGCAAACUGGUACAAUGUUGCUGGUGGAAUGCAGGACUGGAACUACUUGAACACCAACUGUUUUGAGGUGACCAUUGAGUUGGGUUGUGUAAAAUACCCCAUGGCCAAGGACCUGCCUAAAUACUGGGAACAAAACCGGAGAGCCUUGCUCCAGUUCAUACGCCAGGUCCACACUGGAGUAAAGGGUACAGUGUCUGACAGCCGCGAUGGAACCGGAAUUCCCAAUGCCACCAUCACUGUGGCAGAGAUAGACCACAACAUCACCACGGCUCGUACCGGAGACUACUGGAGACUGCUUGCCCCGCACACUUACUCUAUCACUGCCUCUGCCCAUGGGUAUACACCCGUGAGAACCUAUGCCACAGUCUCAAAUGAUAGAGUGGAGGUGGUGGACUUUAGACUGACACGUUUACACUUGGACUCUAAAGGCCAGUCUCAAAACGGGCCCCAGCCCACACAGAACCCGUCUGAGAAGGAGUUGCAGAGCUUAAUCAAGGAUCUCUCUCUAGGCCAAGGCUUAGAGCAGCUGGUCAAGAGCACAGCCAUAGAGAGCAGCUUCCGGUACCAACGCUACAAAGAAUUGGCCGGAUUCAUGAGGGGUCUCACUCUUAACUUUCCCAAAAUUACAUCGUUACACAGUUUGGGCCAAAGUGUAGAGUUUCGAACUAUUUGGGCUCUGGAAAUCUCCAACAAUCCAGGGGAAGCUGAACCAUCUGAACCCAAGAUCCGCUUUGUGGCAGGGCUCCAUGGCAAUGCCCCAGUGGGCACAGAGCUGCUGCUGGAGUUUGCUGCCUUCUUGUGUAUCAACUAUGGCAAGAACCCAGCGAUCACCAGGUUGAUCAACGAGACCCGGAUUGUCAUUGUGCCUUCUAUCAACCCAGAUGGACGAGAACAGGCUGUUGAGAAGCAGUGCACAUCCACCCAGGGCUCGACCAAUGCUCGUGGCAAGGAUCUGGACACAGACUUUUUUGGCAAUGCAUCACAGCGUGUGGUGGAGGCCCAACCAGAGACCAGAGCAAUGAUGGACUUGAUUCUCGACAAGAGCUUCACUCUCUCUGUAGCCCUGGAUGGAGGCGCCCUUGUUGCUACCUACCCUUAUGACAAGCCCGUCCAACCGGUUGAAAACGAAGGCACGUUGAAGUACUUGGCGAGUGUUUAUGCCAACAACCAUCCCAAGAUGCACCUUGGAGACACUGGAUGUUCAAAUAAUGGGCAGACGGGCAACAUCCCCGAUGGAGUUAUGAGGGCAGCAGAGAGACAAAGUCACAUGGGGAGCAUGAAGGAUUUCAGCAUGGACUUUGGCCACUGUCCAGAAAUCACAGUGUAUACUGGCUGCUGUUUCUUCCCUCCCGGUGAGCAGCUGGCCACACUCUGGGCUGAGAACAAGAAGGCUCUCCUCAGCAUGUUGGUGGAGGUCCAUAAAGGGGUGCGUGGCGUGGUGAGAGACAAGAGUGGGAAGCCUAUUGUUGGUGCCAUCAUUGUACUGAAUGGAGGUGUAAGAGUGUUUACUGCAGAGGGCGGCUACUUCCACGCACUGCUGGCUCCUGGCAACCACAACAUUGAAGCUGUUGCCGAUGGCUACCAACAACAACGUCGAGAGGUGGUGGUAUCUUCCUAUGAAGCUGCCAUCUCCAUCAUCAUUGAGUUUGACAUGGACAACAGUAUCUUUGGCCUGCCCAGAGAGUUUGUGGUGGCCAGUGCAGCUGCCUCCAUGACGGCACUGGUGGUGACGGCGUGCAUCAUCUGGUGUGUGUGCGCAGCCAAGUCUAAUCGUCAGAAGGAUGGCUUCCACCGCUUGCGACAGCACCGAGAUGAGUAUGACGACGAGAUCCGGCUCACAUCUAUGGGCUCCAAGAAAUCCCUGCUCGCCCAUGAGUUUCAGGACGAGAGUGAAAGCGAUGAGGAGACACUUUAUGCCAACAAAAUCUGAGGACCAUUGCACUGAUUUGGCUGUUGGCUCGGUUUUAUUUAAAAAAAAAUUUUUUUUUUACAUUUUCAUCUCUUCCUUUAAUUCUCCCUGGUCAACAAGGAACGGGUGGAACUUGAGGCAGCGGUCCAGUCUCUCUUUAUGGCUGAGAUAUGAGUGAUGAAGCCAGUAAGACACUUCGUCUGUUAUACCAACAAGCUGAACACUUACUUCUGGUCACACUGUUAUUAGUACAACUAAAUUAAUACUCAACAGAACAUUGUGCUGGGGUCUGGACUGAAGGGCUCGCUUCUUUUGUGUGCUGGAUCUCUGCUUGACUGGUUCAACGAAAGGAAAGAGGGAAAAGGGGGUGAAGAAGGAGGUUUGGUCCAAUGUGACUCUCAUCCGUCCUUUUUUUCUGGGUUUAGAAUCCCACAGCUUUUUGUUGGCCUUUUUUUUUUCUCAAGCCAUUCAAGGUCGCUACCUGACCUGCGGGGUCAAGCCUUGGAAGUCCAAAUAAACUUUUGUUGAGUGGAUGUGUAAUGAAAGUGCUUAAUCUCACACAAUCUCCCCGCUGAUAUCUAUUAAUCACAAUUCAUUUCUUUCAGUACUAUUUUGAAUUGAAAAUGACUUUAGUUGAUUUCAGACAGCAUUGCCAUGUUGAAGUGUCCGAGCCUUUUGGAGACUGAAUCCAAUACCGUGCCUUGGCUUCUGUAAAGUUGACAGUCUGGUCUGGCUGCAGUAUGUGACAGACAGUAGCAACAUAGUAAAUAGAUUGUACUUGCUCCAUGUUGGAAUUUGAUCCAUCCUAUAAUCAGGUGGUAGGAAAAGAGAGAUCAUGAUUACAAGACUGCGGAAUUCCAGUGUUGCACUGUUUCUGCACAGAUUCUAGGCUGGCUGACCUGGUAUCAGUAGUUUUUGGGUUUUUUUCAUCUUUACUCGGGCAAUGUUGUGGCCAAAAUCAUAAUGCAAGCUUCUCAAAAGCAUUUAAAGCAUCAGGGAGAAUCUGGUACCAAGCUUGAACGGAACCAUCCUUAGUAAGUGUUGAGUGCUCUGAUGUAUGAAAGAGGUCGCUUGCACUAAUUAGAAAGCAAGUAUCAUCCCAUAUCAUUGGCCAAGAAAAAAAAGAAGUAAUUUUGUAAAAGAGGAAUGUAUUUUUUUUUCUGUUAUGUUUGUUGUAGUAUAAUUUCAAACAUUCUGUACAUGGAAAUUUACAGUUAUCUGCAUGUCAUGUUGAUUUAGGAAUGUGCAUUUUUACAGUGUCCAUAAUCUCUGACUAUUAGGAAUAUUGAGCUGUUUUCAUAGUAUCUUUAUGUUUUCCCUUUAAGCGAUACUUUGAACACUAAAGCCCCAGCAGCGUUGUCCGUCCAUUGCCUCUGUCAGUCUCAGAGCCAUGCAUAUUGCAUGAUUUAAAGGUAAUUUAAAGAAAGAUAAAUUCAUAUUUUCUAAAUUUAUUACAAAACAAAGACAAGAUCAUGAUGAUAAUUGACUGUAAGAUGUGAUUGAAAAAAAAAAACACAACCUCAGAAAAGGCUUUCUACAUUGAAAGUCUAAUAUGCACUGUUAAAGAGGCUACAGACUGACCUAGUAGAUUUUAAAUAGCAAUUCAUUCUCGUGUUAAAUAAUGAUGCAGAAAUUUGCAAAUUCCUUUCAUAUGUUUAAGAUGCUCAUUGGACAAUCCGGGUAGGGUAUAUGGACAAAUCAAAGGAGGAGUUAUUACAAUAAGAAAAAGUGAGACCUGCGCUCAAAUGUCUUUUAUGGCUGCAAUUUCACCUGAAGUAUCUUCUACAUGUAACAAAUCAAGUUAACAAAAUCAUUUGGUUUCCUUAUACUAGAAGUCCAUGUGCAACUAUUCCUAGCUGAAAUGUACAAAAUCCUUAAUUAUCAUGUGGCUCUCAAAUUGGAAAUUCUGUGCAUGUUUUUCAUCACACACAGUAGUUUGAACAAAUACACAAUUUUUUCACUAAAGAAUUUGCCUUGAUUUCCAGUUACUUCGAGAAGAUCUUAUUUUCCUUUUUUUUUUUUUAAAUGCAGCCGUCAGUAAAGAUAAACCUGGUAUCUGUUUGUAUAUUAUUUUUUCUCUUCCUACACUGUCUGUGAAUGCCAGUGUAUGGAUUUUGUUGAGCGCGUUUCAGGGUCACGCAGAGUUUGUGUGAAGAUUUUAUAUGAACUGGAAUCAAUUGUAAUUAAUGUUUGGCAAUUUUCAAGUGAAAUUCAUGUAAACCAUGAAUCUACACAACAAAAACUUUCAUAAGAACCUCGGUGUGAUCAUGACAUGCUUACAUGCACAAGGAUUCAUAAACAAUGAAAUAAAACCUUUCACAACA